CGAACUUGUGCUGCAGCGACAUUUCUCUACUGCUAACUCUGCAUUCUUCAUUUCUCUAUUCUAAUUCGUAUUCCUCUUCUCUGUUCCAGUUAAAAUUCCUAUUCUCUUUUCUCCUUAGUAUCCCACCAAAAUGCCCCGUUUCCGAUUCCGACGCCCCCUCUCCCGGCGCAUCCUACUCUACACCUCCGCCAGCCUCCUCUUCCUCCUCCUCGUCACCAGCCUAACGCCCAUCAUCUCGCCCCUGCCACCAUACACAGGGCAGUACGAAGUAGGGAUCCUGGACCUGGAGACCGCCGUCCCGCGGCGCGCGGUGCACUCCGCGGUGCUGAAAGAGACGGGGGAGAAAGCGUUCGAGCUCGCGACGCUCGCGCUGACGCUGUACUACCCGUCGGCGCUGCCGAGCUCGCCGGCGCAGCCGUGGGCGCGCCCGUGGCUGCCGCAGCCGGUCUCGCUGGUUGGCACGGGGUAUGCGCGGCUGGUUGGGGUGCGCUUUGCGCCGCUGCAGGCGCUGGUGACGUUCUUUUUGUGGGCGUUUGGGGCGAAUACGGUUAUCCCUGGGGUGGUGGAUGCGCCGGUUUUGAUGGGGGCGAAUGCGACGUGGGUUGGGAAUGGGAAUGGGAAUGGUGAGGGGCUGGGGAAGCUGAGGGGUGUGGAAGACGAGGGGAGGGGAUUGAGGACGAUGGAUGAAGAGAGGACGUUGCCGUGUGUGGUGUUUACUCAUGGGAUGGCGGGCAUGUCGCAGAGUUAUUCGCAUUAUUUGGGGAGUAUUGCGAGCCAUGGGUAUGUCGUUGCGGCAGUCGAACAUCGAGAUGGUAGUGGGCCGGGGAGUAUCGUGCACUACCCCGACGGCGGUGAGCGAUAUGUGUGGCAUAUUAAGUUGGAGGAUCUCGAAGCGGAACUGCCCAUGACCCUUUCAGAGCUCAAAGCCGCUCAACUCACCUUUCGCGAAGCCGAGAUCCAAGAAACAAUUCGCCUCCUCCGCCUCCUGAAUGCCGGCCACGGCCACCUCCUCCAAAAUUUGAAGCCCGACUCUCCACGUGAAUCCCUUCCGGGUUUUGCAAACCGUCUGAAUAUGUCGGCCGUAACAGUCGCGGGCCACUCUUAUGGGGCUACGGGGGCUUUGCAAGUGCUGAAGAACGCGCCCAGCGAGCCAAUGCCGGUAAAUGGUGCCAUUGUAUUAGACCCAGGAAAGGGUUCUGGUCUACUGAAUAAAGAUGUCGAUGUGCCAGCAUUGGUCAUAGAUUCGGGCGAGUGGACGGAGAAGCAGGUGGAGUUUUAUGGAGAAGGGUGGCAUUUCGAUGUCGUACGAAAGUUGGUCGACACAACGAAAAAGGGUUGGUUUAUGACGCUGACUGGCUCCGCUCAUCCAUCUUGUACCGAUGCACCCCUUAUCGUUCCCUGGAUAAUGAAGCUUGCGACGGGCACGACGCUGAAUGCGAAAGUUGCACUCGAAGAGUACAUAUCGACGUCGGUCAGGUUCCUGGAGUACUUGCGGGACGGAGAGAAGAAAGAGUUGUUGCGGAGUGAUGUUACGAGUCCAGAAGGCCCCCUUGGUGAUGCCGAAAAGCGGGUAAAGAUCAAAGGGAAGCAUGGCGCCGAUUGGGAAGUGCACGUUACGCCCGAGGCCUAGAGCUAAUGUUGUAGUAUCAUAUACCUGAAGGAAAAGCCAGCCCUUGCAGAAUUAGACAUAGAAAUGUAUGAUAACGUCUCAGAAACAUUUUUAUCUUCUGUAGCAAAAUGCUAUGGAAGUAACAAGCAGC